AAAAUAUUGUGUUAAAAAUAUGAUGGAUCUAAGACUAACUGAUCUCUCUAAGGAUUUAAUUAAAGAAGUCGCCAUUGACAUCAUGAGCACAAAAGGCAGGUUAAAGUAUGUGGAAGUUUGGAAUGUGGUCUUGCAGAUUUUUAUGUUCGGUAAUCUAAGUGAAGAACUUUAUCAAGUUAUAAUACAACGUUCAGAUCUGUCUCCAGCUUAUAAAGAUUUCAUUAAGCAGUUGAAAGAGAGCAAGAUAUCAGGAUUGGUCUCGAUUUCUUUGGCCAGCAAUUUUGAAAAAUCAUUACAAGAAAUAUUCGAUUACGACUGGGUGAAAGACCUUGAUGUCAUAUCACCUUCCUGGUUUGUUUAUUUUCUUGAACGUCUUCUUUUCUUGGUUUCAUCAUGGCAUAGUUCUUUUUUCACAGUAAAAUCUUCUGUUUGCGAAACAAUUCCCUGGUGGAAUCUAAAAUGCAACUCGAGCUCUUUAUCAGUAGAUGACUCAAAAGUUUUCUCGAAGAGGUCUUUCGAUUUUAUAGCGUCCAAGAUCAAAGAAAUUUUUUCAAGAAAGCUAGAUUGGCUUUGGGUGAUUGGUUCUGACAGGGUGACUGCCUACCCCUUUCUGGUCUUGAAGUUGGUUGUCUUGGUUGCUUUAAUUUGUUUGAAUUCUGGACGUCACUUCGAUUUGCUGUACAGUCUACUUCGUAGGUACGAUAUAAAAAACGUACUCCUGCCUGGGUUUGUUAAAAUCCUCAAGGAAAGAGGCAAAAUGCCUUUUGAUAAGUUGCUUGCUGAAUCCCUUGAAACAUUCAGGGAUCCUUUGGUCUGUUUGAGGUCAGGAGAUAUUCAGAGAGAGUUUUCGAGCCACAAUGUCAUUGAAAUAGAUGUGGGUUUGAUUCACUCCAGAGAAGACAUGAUGGGAAUACUAUAUCCAAAUAACUCAGAAUGCGACAGAAAUGAUAAAAUGGAAAAUGGAAGUCCAAGUGAUGAGAAUGUUUCUUUCCCCAAUAUUGACCCUACGAGUUGUGCCAGAUGUCUAACCGAGCCUGAUGAUGAUAUGCCUGAUUGCACUAUAGAAAUGGCAGAAUUAGAGACUGAAGAAGAGAAACUCGAUGUUGAGAGUUUCGGGCAGUUGUUUAGGAAUCUAUCCCGUGUUUAUUUGUUUUCGAAAAGAAUUUUUUGGGGCACCGACUUUCAGACUUGCAAACCACAGAUAAAGUUGGAUAUUGUCAUUCGUCUUCUAGGAACUAUUCAUCCAUUUCGUAAAGAUGAUCUAUGGUUCUGGAGGAAAAUAAAGCAGCUCUCUUUUGCAUUAAGCACCAGUGAGGAGGAUACUGAUAGUCAGUACUCACAAAUUCGUCGGUGCUUUAAGAAGUUGGCUGCAAGGAAUCCAGUAUUGAAAAAAUUAUUCGUCGAUGGUUUGCUUAGAAUGAUUGCUCUAGAUGCUCCUUUCUACAUCCAGGAUGAAGGAAGGCGAAAGUCCAAAAAGCAGGCUGGAAAUAGCAAAGGCAAGAAGAAGUGGUAGUAUUUUGUUCGGCUGGAGUUGCAACAUCCUCAUGAUUAGCAUCCUUUCAUGGGGUUGAAUGUCUUGAUAUCAGCUUUUAGCAGCUAAAAGUAAAGCAAUAGUCCUUUUUUCUGGUAAAUUGAAAUGUAUUUUUCGGAUGAAUUUAGGAAUGGUGAAUAUACCAGUCUCUUGAAUGUAUCCAGAUAAACAAUGGCAUUCAAUUUCGCCUGAUUAUGGUUUGACAUUUGACUUUUGAUGCAUAGGCAGGGUGGACCGUAGUUAGCAAUUCGGCGAACUAUUCGCGAAUUAUAUGUGAAUAGUUCCGAAUCCGUAUUUUACCCGUC